AUGAAGAUAUGUGUCCUAUUGCAUCUAGGACUUUCAUUGUCGAGAAUGGGGAUUGCGAUUAAGUCUGUGCUGAGUGGAAGGUACCUGAAUCUAAGGACUCUAAGGCUGGAGCCUGUCGAUAAGAGGAGAAGGGGCGAAUAUAUUUUUGGGUAUGACUGGGACAAGGAGGCGCCUUACGGGUUUGCGCUAUAUACCAAGGAGGGAUACUUGACUGUCGACACAAGGCAUAGAACGAUGGCCUUUGACAGAGGCCGCAAGGCAGGACGGGGCUCUCCAGCGGGCUUUAGGUUCCACUUUGUAACACCGACAGCAUGCAGGAGCAUUGUGAUAGGGCACGACAGCGGACUGUGCAUGAUGGAUGGAGGAGGGGAGGUAAGGUUUACGGAGUGCAUGAAGCCCGGAAAGGAGCUUCCGGAGUUCCACUUUGAGGUUAAGGUCUUUAAGGAUCGCUGUAGAUAUCUAGAGAAAAGCAACAUAAGAAGACAGGAGAGCAAAACCUCUGAGAGCGGUGGAGGCGAUAAAGCCAAAGGUGAUACCCAGGAGAAAGAGAAGAUUUCCUCUGAAACCACUGAUUACUCUGAGCCUGGAUGCAAUCUUGAUGUAAAGGAAGAGAAGAAGGAAGAAAAAAAGGAAGAGAAAAAGGAAGAGAAAAAGGAAGAGAAAAAGGAAGAGAAAAAGAAGAAGAAAGAAAAGAAGAAAAAGAAGCACCGCCAAUCAGACAGCGAGGACGAUGAUCCCAUAGACCGUGUAACGUUCAAGAAGCCAAGGAUCAAAAAGAAGAUGAAGCGCUUUUCGACAUGGUUCAAGAAAAAGAUCCUGAAGGCUAAGAAGAAAAAGAAACACCAGAAUUCCAGCACUGAAUGA